AAAAUCGGUUGGCCUGCAUACAGCCCAGACCUCAACCCCACUGAACAUGUUUGUGAGGAAUUGGAAUGCAGACUGCACUCUCAAGACCUCCUCGCCCAAUUCCAGUUCUAGUUUCUUCGUUUCCUGAACGUCCUACCUUCAUGAAGCGCAUGCGGGUGACUCAGCAAACCAUAAACGACACCAUGAACAGGAUUUGGUAGGAUGAGGGUGGACCAUUGCCAUUUUAAAGCAGUACAAGAAACUUGAAGGCUCGUUAGAUUUGUUUACUGCUUCUCAACCCGUUUCUAAAACUUAAGAAUCCAAACUUAAAAGACUAUGGAGGGUACAGUGAAGUGCGUGAAGUUCCUGCUCUCAAUCAUCAUCAUUUAAAUUGGACUAGCCAUUGGUGCUUAUGUCUUGAAAGGAAAUCUGGAGGAUCUGCCGGAGAAGAUUGUGCAGGAAAUGAUGAAAAAUUACACAACAAAUCCAGAUGUUCGGAAGGGACUGGACGAAUUACAGGAAGAGCUGAAAUGCUGUGGAGCAGUGAACUCUUCUGACUGGAUGUUCUUCAAGCCUGACAAGAACUCCAUUCCUGACUCCUGCUGCAAGAACGUCUCAACCAACUGUGGAGCUGGAGCCCUGAAUGACGCCCACAAAAUCUACAUAGAGGGCUGUGGCGCUGCUUUGGAAACUGCUAUCAAGAAAAACCUUCUCUGGGUUGGCGUAGCAGCUCUUGUCAUUGCCUUCAUAGAGCUCUUGGGUGUUGUGUUUGCCUGCACGCUGAUGAGAGGGAUCCGCAAAGGCUACGAGGUCAUGUGAUCCCAUCGUUGAACUUCAGUAAAAAUCACUUUCACACUCUAGUCAAACACUUCAGAUUUGUAAAUGCCUUCUUGCGGAGUCUAAAAUUCUAGACAAAAAUGUGCCUAUAUGCAGGUAGAGAACACCUGAAUCUUGUUUUUUAAUCAUAGAUGCUAAAGAAAAGGUGAAUUACUGUCU